AUGUCAACUUACCAGGAAUUCAUUGUUCAGAACGAGGAGAGAGAUGGGGUUCGUUUUACAUGGAAUGUUUGGCCGUCUAGUCGUUUAGAAGCAACACGUCUCGUUGUUCCAUUAGGUUGUUUAUUUACACCUCUUAAAGAGCGGAGUGACUUACCAUUAAUUCAAUAUGAACCUGUUUUAUGUACAAGAAGCACUUGUCGGGCUGUAUUAAAUCCAUUUUGCGCUGUUGAUUAUCGUGCAAAAAUUUGGACAUGCAAUUUUUGUACUCAACGUAAUAAUUUUCCUCCACAAUAUGCCGGAAUAUCCGAGCAGUUACAACCGGCUGAAUUAGCAUCGCAAUUUACAACGAUUGAAUAUACAUUAGUGCGCUCGCCAGCUCAACCUAGUGUCUUUUUGUUUGUUGUUGAUACAUGCAUGGAUGAAGAGGACAUGACGGCUUUGAAGGAAUCGUUACAAAUGGCAUUGAGUCUUUUACCAACAGACGCACUGGUGGGUCUUAUUACAUUCGGACGUAUGGUGCAUGUGCAUGAAUUAAACUGUGAAGGAAUGACGAGAAGUUAUGUAUUUCGCGGCACAAAAGAUUUAACAGCCAAACAGGUUCAGGAUAUGCUUGGAUUAAUGAAGCAUCAAUCGGCACAAAAACAGGUGGGUGGACAUCCAAAUGCUCCUCCUCAAUCGGGCGCACCUUUUAGCAAGUUUAUUCAACCCGUGUCAACCUGCGAUAUGUCAUUAACAGAUUUACUUGGGGAAUUGCAACGAGAUCCAUGGCCUGUACCACAAGGUCGACGUCCAUUGCGUUCGACAGGUUCUGCUUUAUCGAUAGCUGUCGGCUUGCUAGAAACAUUAUAUCCAAAUACGGGCGCUCGCAUUAUGCUGUUUAUAGCUGGACCAUGCACACAAGGGCCUGGUAUUGUAAUCGAUGAAGAAUUAAAACAUACAAUACGUUCUCAUCAUGACAUUGAAAAAGAUAACGCCAAAUAUAUGAAGAAAGCAGUCAAAUUUUAUGAAAGUUUAGCAAAUCGGUCUGCUGUAAAUGGUCAUGUUAUUGAUUUAUAUUCAUCUGCUUUGGAUCAAACUGGAUUACAUGAAAUGAAAUAUUGUUCAAAUUAUACAGGUGGACAUAUGGUCAUGGCUGAUUCAUUCAACACAUCAUUGUUUAAACAAUCGUUUCAAAAAGUAUUUGCAAAAGAUGCGCGAAAUGAAUACAGAAUGAAUUUUGGAGCUACUGUAGAAGUGAAGACAAGUCGAGAUUUGAAAGUAUGCGGGGCUAUUGGUUCAUGCGUAUCUCUGACACAACGAGCACACAAUGUUUCGGAAACUGAAUUAGGUAUGGGUGGAACAAACGCGUGGAAAAUCUGUGGCAUUUACCCGAAUUCAACAGUUUCAAUAUUUUUUGAAGUUCUCAAUCAGGUUCGUAUACAAGCUCAAGCGCAACCGGGACAAACUGGUAAUCGUGGAUAUGUUCAAUUUAUAACUCAAUAUCAACAUUUAUCGGGAUUUAAAAAAGUUCGUGUAACAACAUUGGCACGAAAUUGGAUUGAUGCCGCAUCUAGUAUGCCAUUAAUAGCUGCAUCAUUUGAUCAAGAGUGUGCAAGUGUGUCGAUGGCUCGAAUCGCUGUUUAUCGUGCCGAUACCGAAGAAGGGUCAGAUUGUCAAAAGUUUGCUGUCUAUGAAAAAGACAAUCCUGGUUCAUUUCAACUAACAGAAACAUUCACAUUGUAUCCGCAAUUUAUGUAUCAUCUUCGGCGUUCACAAUUUUUACAAGUAUUCAAUAAUAGUCCCGAUGAAACAGCAUUUUAUAGGUUCGUAAUUGAAAUAUUUGUUAUAUUCAUUCCUGUUCUCUUGGAUAGUAGUAGUAUAUUAUCGGAUCGAAUUUUAUUGAUGGAUACAUUUUAUCAUAUAUUGAUUUAUCAUGGUGAAACAAUUUCACAAUGGUCAAAAGCGGGUUAUCAAGAUUUACCUGAAUAUGAAAAUUUUAAACAAUUAUUACAGGCACCAGUUGGUGAUGCUACGGAAAUUUUACAAAAUAGAUUUCCAAUGCCACGUUAUAUUGUUACAGAAGCAGGAGGAUCUCAGGCCCGAUUUUUGUUAUAUAAAGUAAAUCCAUCUCAGACACACACUACUCAUGGAUGGGGACAGGCUCUGGGUGCCCCAAUUCUGACAGACGAUGUGAAUUUACAAACAUUUAUGGAACAUUUGAAAAAACUUGCCGUUUCAACAUCGACGUGA